ACAACAGCGCGACGGGCAGCGGCAACGACACAACUACUACGUACCUCAGCAAAAGGAAUCGAAGCGAAGGCGGCAGAUGCGGGGUACGGCCGUCUCAAUCCGAUGAAUAUCGAUAUUGUUGACCGCCGGCUCUCUGGUCGCGAUGCUGGUGUCUGCUUGUCGAAAUCCAAUAGUGACGUCAAGCCCCUGUGGUGACGCUCGCAGCCGUCGCAAUCUCUACACUUACGGUCGCGCUGGUCUACACGACUCUUAGGGCAAUCCGGGGCUGUGGUUGCGCGUGAUGGAUGUUCCUGCUUCUCAAUGAGGCUCAAAACCGGCGUUGACGGGGAUUGUGCUCGUGGUGACGAUGACAGUGAGGCGUUCGCGAUGAGGUCAGAGGACAGGACGAGCGAGCAAUUUCUGGGAGUGACGCAGCUUUGCCAAGCGCAUAACGUGAUUUCUUGGGUUCGUAAUCAAAGUCUGCCGCUAGAUGCCACUAGCCAAGCGCUAGAACCAAUCACUGCAGCCGAGGCCCCACCGCCGUCCAUGGACCGCCGAUCCGCAGCCCCUUUUGGCUCGCUUGCCACGAGACGCCUCUCCGGCACUGGCCCGCGGAAUCACGCCAGCCUUCCAUUCACUGUUGGCCUAUUCCCGCCCACCGCAUUUCUGCAUGCCUUCCCAUCAUCCUUCCCGAUGGCCCUCGACCAAAAGCCAGCAGAGUUUCAACUGACACGUGUAUGCGACUCUCUCUCUCCCAACUCUCCCCAUGUCCCCUUCCCCCACCCAGAUAAGCCAUCGAACCCAGCACGACGGCCAACGGCUUGGAUUCUGCCAGAUGCCGGUCCCGUUCCAGACCUCGAUGCACACAUGUUUCGCCGAUCGACACAUCCUCUAAUUGUAUCGGCUCAAAGUAUCAGCCAUCGCGCGGACCUUGACACCGCCGUCCCAAUCACAUCAUGGCAAAGUUUCAUCGUCUUCCUUUUCCCGAUGCUCAUCGAGAUCCUGAUGUCGACGGACGGGUCUUGACAAACCCAACUGCGUGGAAUCGAAAAGUCGCAUGUUUAGAAAUCCGUCACUGAAAAAUGAGCCAUUGACAGGGCGAUGCCAGUCUACGACAUGCAGACGUGUAUCAUGGACGUUAGGGAGGACGGCUUUUCCGCUUCCCCGUACCCUAUUGCUUCUUGAUUUCAUACAU